UCUGGCACAGCUGUCUUUCACGAAGAAGUGGGGUAGCAAAACAUUCAGUCAAAAGUUGUUGUGCGGAUCGAAAACCCGGGGCUCCGGUAACUCCUUCUCCUUCCGGGGCUGCUAGGUGGUAAGGCGGCCGGACUCCUCUUUUCCACUCGGACAAGCUGGACGAAGUCACUACCAAUCCCAAUCGGAUUGGUGCUCCGAUUGAUCCGGCCAACCUGGAAUAUGUUUGCACAGUGUGCAGCUGCAGUCGGUGUUGUUGCUGGAGGUCUAAGUGACCCUGGAGUUUGGUAGUUGUGAAAACUUCCAGUCAUCGAACUUCUCCGUCGAAAGCAGGAUUGGUUCAGGAUACACCGCAAAGGAAAAGGAACGCAAUUUGUACACUAAACUGUGGUUAAGUAGUUUGAUAUAAGUGAAACAAAAGCCACAGAAUGAGUGCACUCUUUGCCCGAGUUUUCCGGCAGGCUCGGCAAACCUUCGAGUAUACGAGCGUGAGCGAUCCGAAGUUUGGCACCAAUCUGAACGCAUUGCGUCGCCUGGUCGAUCAGCUCACGCUAGCCGACAUCGGUCUCGAUGGUUCCUUGGUGGCCACGGACACGUUCCAAAGACCAACCAAGGCCCCCUGCACGUAUGUGGGAGUGUUCGAAAACGAUUGCUUCGCAAUGUCCGUGUUUGUGCUGCGCGAAAACUACACCAUGCCGCUGCAUGAUCACCCGCGCAUGCACGGCCUACUGCGGGUCGUGUCCGGGGCGGUCCAAAUCUGCAGCUACAGCGAGCUUGCCCGGCGGGACGCGGACGAGCUGUUGGUGGGGGUCGGCAAAGGGCAGCGCCAUGUGCUGGUGGCUGCCGAGCCGGAGAAAAUCAUCAGCUCGAGUCCGGGAGACUGUGCGCUACUGACGCCGACCGAGCGUAACUUCCACGAAAUCACAGCCAUCGGUGGGCCGGCGGCAUUUUUCGAUAUUCUCAGCCCACCGUACAACACCGCCAGCCAGCCGCAGUACUAUUUCUACCGCAAAGUGCCAGUACCGCGGCAUCUGGCCGAGCUGGAACCGAUCGGAAGCCCGGACAAACCGUCGCCACUGCACGACGACGAGCGGCCCCGUUAUGUGCUCGAGACGAUUCCUAACCCGGACCACUACUACUGUGAUACCGUACACUACACCCCGCCGGGUUUCAUGGACUACGAGGAAGGAACCGCCCCACCGCCGCCGUACGAGUCUGCGACGGAUCGGCCGGUGUAAGCCUUUCUUCCCUAGGCACCCAGGGGCGAAGUCGGCGGAAGCAGCAGUUCCAUAUCCGUUUCCGUACUAUUUGAUAACUGUAGCUUGUAGCUGCUUGCAUGCUCACCCUUAGUUUAUAGUAGUUUAGUAACGUUGAUUUCGUUUUUUGUUAUUUGCUCGUUUAUCGCGCCUAGAAAACGGGGCGAUACUGCGUAUCACGUUCCGACGGUAGGCAAAAUGAUGGAAUGUGGCUGCAGGAUAUUCUAACCGCGGGACUACAUUACAGCGUACCAUAUCAAAAACUGGUACGGUCAGUUGUCAUGAACCGAUUUUGUACGCUGCAGCCCAGAAGUGCAGGGUUGCCUUUGGAAUGGUACGCUGCCACUUGACCGUACCAGUUUUUUGGUAUGGUACGUUGUAAUGUAAUCCCGCGGUCAAAAUACCGUAGAGUUUGUUAGAAAACAGUAGAAUGCUAGCUUCAAACAAUAACGUUAAAUAAAACAAAAUUUAAACUUCAAUACACAAUAUAAAUAAAAGAAAGGUAAAAUGA